AUGGCAUCCACUACCAUCCUCACCGCUCUCCUCAUUUCCACCUGGUUUCUACUCACUGCCCUCCUCCUCAUUAUCACCAUCACUGUCUUCUACUUCAAGGAGACAUACAAAGUCGAAGUCAUCCUCACUCGACAACCAACAACCCCCACCAUCGACCAAACACCUGAGUGGCCAGCAGGAGUACAGGUCACAUCCCCCAUUGAGCUAACACCCACACCCUUCACUAACCUCCUUAGUGAAUUCCUUAACGAAGGAGGCUUCUGCUACCCAUUCACACCCCUGCCAAAUGUUACCCACCAUCCAUUCCUUAUCCCAGGACCCUCGGAUUCUUCCAACAGUGACGCUGUAGUUCUGCAUCAGUUCCCUGGACCUCUGGAGAUUCCUCACAAUACCUCAGAAGCAUCCACCAGAUCUUACCACAUUGCCCCUGCACAGGUCUUCCCAUCCUCAUCGCCUAUGAAUACCUCAUCCUCCUCAAACCCUGAUAGCCCCCCUGCUGCAUCUACUGAUUCUCCCAAUAUGCCACCUCUCGCCUCUGAUGCCUCCAACAAUGGAAGUAUUGACCAUGCUCCCAAUCUUCAACUCCUGGCCAAUGUCAGCGAGUAUAUUACAGCAUCAGAAGGAUACAGCAGUGACCCACAGGAGUUUGUAGUCUACAGCAACAACGUGAUUCAACAACCCCCAAAUGAUGUUACCAGGUCCUGGCGAUCCAUUCCUUUCGACACCUCUACCCCUGUACAAGACAUUGAUCCCUUGGAGCGGGUUCUACCCUACUUUCCUGGAGCAUACACUAACUUUGUAUCAACUACUGCUGCAGCGGCACUGCAUACUGUGGAACUUGUAGGAAACUGGAACACUUCAGACAAAGAAUGGGAGGAGGACACUUGGGAGUACUUGUUGACACAGGAUGACAAUCUAUUGGAGAGCCUUUGGGCAUCACUUCAAGAUAUCAGGGAUCCAGGAGUGACUGAUGAAGUGGAUCAGUUUAGAGCCAUUGACACAAAGAUUGAUCUACUUCUAGCAGCACAACGAUCUAUAGGGGCAGAGCUUCUCUGCACAAAGGAAGAGAUGAGCCAAUGUCAAACACAUCUCAAAGCUGCUAAUUUAGAAGAACGCCUUGAAUGCCACAGGUUUUCUAUUAUCAACCUCCUUCUGGUGCCAUGCCCUGCCGCCUUCACUUCUGUACCAAAUGUGAGGUCAACAGUCAUCUUUGAAUUUGCCCAGGACAUUCAAGAAGCUCGUUCCCUAUCCCCCCUAUCCUCCUUCCCAUUCUUUGGGACCCCUACUGAACAAUUGCAAUUUACUGAAGGACGACUAGCAAGUCUUGCUGCCAGAGGCCUCACAAGACCUGCCAAGGAAGAACUCUUUCGGGAGUACAUUGGAUUAGUGGAGACUCUUUGGGAGUCUAUCAGAUUAGGAGAUCAGGAUCAGGAAGUAGCAGAAGAAGUACAGGCAAGCAACUCACCUACACCAUCGUCACCUCACCAACCCAUCCCCACUUAG